AUGUUCCAUAGUAACAUUUACAGAAAGCGCAGUCUCGUAACCUUUCCAAUGAGUAGCGUGACCGUGCUUUGUCCAAACGCUCGGAGAUGCUCCGUGAAAGUAACGCCGGGCAUGCUGAUGAGACAGGUUUUGGAGGAGGCGUGUCUGAAGAAUGGAUUCGACGCAGACGAGUACCAGCUGUCAAAUCAAAAUCGCAGUGUGGACCUCGCACUACCUUUCAGACUUAGUGGCUUACCUAACAAUGCUACCCUCGAGAUGGUUCAAGCCAUGAGGAUUUCAUCGGACUCGAAGGUCACCAUAGCACUGCAGCUUCCGAACGGGACACGAAUGGAAAAUGAAUUCCUAGUUUCAACUUCCUUGUUUGAAGUGCUAGCUUUUUUCUCACAGUCAACAGAUGAGGAUUUAACAGUCACCAACGGUACAUCUACACCAACUUGCAGCUAUAUGAAUAAACAGUACUCCGGUCCGGUUGAACUGAAGAGAACGACGCUCUCUUCAAUUGGGAUAUCUUCCGGAAAGUGCCUUCUACGAUAUCAGCGUGUAAAUCUGACGAAGGAGCAACUGGAUGAUAUCACUGCAAGAAUGGCUUGCGAUGCAGCGCAAAAGGAAGCAUUGCUUGCUAGCUAUGCAAAGAAGAAAGAGGAGAAUGAACAGAGAGCUAAGCUAGAAGCUGCUCGGAUGGCGCGUUUCGAAGAGGAACUGCGUUCAAAGGUGGAUCUGAAAAAAUUGACCGACCCAAAUAUCAAAGCAGAGGAACCUGUGGAUGCCAAUGCUCAAACCCAACAAUCCGUUAAUCCGACAUUUCUUCGCGAUGUGCUGAGAAGUCCUACAAGAAAUCAGAGUGGAUGGUCUUUUGAUGCUCCUGUGUUUUCUACAGCACCGGCAGCACCCCCAACACCCAGUGAUCGGCUUUCAAAUCUAAGCAGACUUCUACAGCAGGAUGUUUUCACUCUAGAUGAGGUGCUUGCCAUUGUAUGGGCUCAAUCUGUCUCAAGAGACGUGUUUUCCAAACGUAGGCGUAUAGGCUCAUCGAAGCUUGUAUUCACAAGCCACACUGCAGCUGCUCUGAUUCAGGUAGAUGCAUCUCUCAGUAGACCACAUACGGAGCACGACAGAAUAACGGACAUCCUUGCUGAAGAGGGACGCGUACCGCUUUCGCGUAUUGCCGUCGAAGCAACGCGGGUAGCAGAGUCGGUGGGACACUUAGUUAUUUUUGCGAGCCUUGGCGAACAUUACUACUGCUGUAAGCCCAGUUGUUUCCGCGUCUCCUUGCAACCGUCAACCGGUGGUCUUUCGACGUCAGUAAGUUCUUAUGAGAUAAAUGUCGAACGGGAAGAGGCCGAGGUAGGGCUCAGUGAUGAUUUCUUCGAGGUCAGUGUUGACGAUGUCAGAGCACGGCACAGGGAUCUCCGCAAACAGGUGUAUGUAUUCACUUAUCCGUUUAUUUGUUUUUGA